AGUGCAGCCGUGCCAGGGACAUCCUUUCUGUGCUCAGAGGGUUUUUCUCAUGGCUAACCUGCGCUGGCUCUCGUGGCGCCCAGACAAGCCCGGGAUCGCUCCCUGUGUCUGAGGAAGUGUCUGGGGCUCCUUUUCCACGCAGCCCAUCAGUUUUUCCAGACAGCUGAAAGUUAAUGGGUGCCAUGAUUCAAGUGAGUAAUCCUUGUGAAACCAGCUCUGGAGGAAGUUGCCCAGCAAAACAAAUCCCGCGGCCCCAGCUCUGACGUGGAGCCGAACACGGGGUGCUCUGUAUAAAAACCAGGAAUCCAUCCAAGGGAAACGGCACUUUUCGGCUCUGCUGAGACAUCACACAGAGUGCAGGCAUGCAGAAAACUAUCCCUGGCUGCUUCUUCCAGCAAAUAUUCCUUUGGAGGCACGAGGACAAUCCCCGAGAUAAACAUCUCGAUCCCCUGAGGUGAAGGAGGAAAUCAAACCUCGCUCUGCUGCAUUCUGGAUGCCAGUUUUAACCCCUAAAUUAUAGUGUGGAAGAGGUGGAGGGAGCAGGAGGGAGCCCGACAGUGAUCCUGCCUCGAGGGGCGCCGUGGAAUGAAGAGACAGACACCUCUGACAAGUCCCACAGAAAGCAGGAAGGAUCUUCCAGCCAGAAGCUCCAGUUCCUUUCCAAAGGACACUGUGGUGGUCAGAAAAAUGCUGGCAGCACUAUGGAAAAUCCUGAAGUUUCAAGAAGAGAGGAUGGGAGACACAUUUUGAACUCCUCAGGGUCCCGCCCCAGGCACCUCCUCCGACUUCUCCGGCUGCUCCUGAUUCCUAACGCUCCUCCUUGGACUCAUCACCAAACCCUGGGGUAAGGUAUUCUUCCCUAACUGGCAUUUCAAUGGAGAGAGACCACAUGAAAGAUCUCAGAAGGUACCUGGCACUGAAAUAUAUCCAAUACCUCGUCCUGUCUUCCUCCAAUGCUGUCAGCACCCUCCUGGGGCUGCUGGGCAGCACGUACACCAUGAUCCUCCUGCAGUCUGCCAAGGUCUCCUCCAAGUCCACUGCAGUCCUCAUUUCCAGCCUGGCCCAGGCAGACAUCCUGGUUUUCCUUAGCCUUGUUUCUGACAUGGUUUUGGGCAGUUUUGGUGCCGGUGUCUCUCCUGCAGCCUUGGCCCUGGUGCGGAUCCUCCUCACGGCCAAUGCCCACGUGAGCUGUGUCCUGCUCAGCUGCGUGGCCUUCGAGGCCUAUCUGAUCACCUUCCUGCCCUCGGAGUCACGGCCCCUACGGACAGUCAGGAAUGCCAGGAUGAUAUGCAGGGUGAUCUGGACGCUGGUGGCCGCAGAGUGCGCCCUGUUCCUCAUGGAUGACCACCUGAGGGCCAGUGGCGCCUCCGCUCCCUCCCGUGGCCCUUUGGGGCUCCUGUUCCAGCUCUCCAGCGUGGCCGCAGACCUGCUCAGGUCCCUCAGCUACAUCCUGGGAAUUCUGCUAAGGAUUAUCAACGUCUAUAUCUACUACAAGAUAUUUUUCAGCAUGUCUCCCAGGUCUAGACUGAAAUCCAAGUAGGGCGUGUUCCCUCUGGGAAUGCUGGAACAACUCAAGACUCUUCAAGGCAAUUCCAAACCAUUUGGAAAUUGCUCAAUAACCAGGAACAAGGCUCACCAGGGAGUUUAAACCUUUGUGAUUCCUGGUGCUGUUCAGUUGAGAAGAGUUUGGGGCUGAGGAGCCCCUUGGCAUCGAGAAACCACAGCUGCUGUGUCUUUAUUUAGACUUUAUUCGCUGUACAGGUGAAGCAAAAGAGAUUUCAUGGAUGUAAAUCAACGCCAUGGUCUUUUCUAUAAUAAGGCUGCUUAAUGGCUUCCUCAGGGAUCUGUUGAGCCAAGAGUUGUGUAGUUGCUUACUAAAGACAGGAUCUAUGUCCUAAAAUAUUCCUAACUCAGGUGGCCCCCAGGCUCAGCAGGUGGGAUGGAGAGACAAGGUGAGCACCAAGAUGCCCAAGGUGGGCUCGUGGCAUCAGCCCCACCUGGAGAAUUCCUGGGACAGAGCGGGGCUGAGCUGCCAUACCUUGGAACAUUCCCAGAGCUGUUCUUGGGAGGUUGUCACAGCAAAGCAGGAAACAGCUUCUCUCACAUCCUUCUCCAGGAAUAAAGAGGUGGAAAGCUGGAAUGCAGCUGUUUGCUGCAGCCCUUCGAGGUGGAGAGUUGCAUAUGCUUCAUCCAGAGGCAUCUCCAGUGACUCCAUGGCCAUGGGUUUAGAGGCAGGGAGGGAUUUGCUGGGAUUAGCAGAGCUGCCCCACCUCUCGUGGCAGUGGUGUGGAAGAUCACGGCCACAGAUCUCCCUCUGACCACACCAGGGCUUGAGUGGAUGUGUGAGAGCUGUUCCCAGCUGGUAAUUCCUGGAAUUUCCUCAGCACUCUGGGAUUUUGUCAGCAAAGCACAAAGUGCUUCAGAUACCUCUGACACUGCCCAAAGCACACGUGGCUGUGGGCACUUCCAAAUCCUCCUGACUUCAUGUGGGAGACACCUCCCAACUCCAGGUACAGACUGCGAUGAGGACAGACUGAACUUCUGCCAGAUGUUCUGCCACCCCCAGGUCAUUCUGCCACCCCCAGAUCGUUCUGCCGCCCCCAGAUCUUUCUGCCAUCCCCAGGUCAUUCUGCCAUCCCCAAAUCCUCAUGCCAUCCCCAAAUCUUUUUGCCAUCCUCAGCUCAUGGCUGUGGCACCAGCAGCGAGUGCUGAGUGCUGACUUUGCCUCUCAGGAGAGUCCAAAGGAAGCUCUGCCAAGGGCUGGGGAUCAGUAAAAGCAGAGCAGAAAUGUAAGCAAGUCAAUUAAACCCUUGGAUGAACAUUCCCAAACAAAGCUGAUCCCGUCAGCAGGAAGGAUGUCCUAAUAACUUGAUGCACUGAGAUAACCUGUUCUCGCUCCUGAAGCCUGAAGUGAGACACUCCCAGGAGAGAUGAAAUGUUACUUGAAGUGCUAUAAUUAAUAAAAAUCUAUUUUGUUAAA